AUGGAAGAGCAGCAAGAAAGCAGGAACGUUGGAGAGAAAGAAGGCGACCAACCAAGCAGGAACAGUGGCCAAACUGGCCCUGAGCCUAAAGAGCAUCGUACUGGCAUUGUUGAAAUGAGUGACAAGGUGAUGAAAAAUUGGAUUCGGUCCCUUCAAAAAGCAAAAGAAAGGACUCAAUCUCAAACUCAGUGGCCAAGAAUACCAAGGGUUCCUCAGAUACUUAGGCGGACCCAGGAUUUCAGCAAAUUCUACGAACCGAGGGUAAUUUCAUUCGGCCCUUACCAGCACGGCAAGCCCGACCUUCACCUUGAGGAAAUGAUCAAGCCUCUAUAUGCCGAACAAUUCCUGGCUGAUAGUAACCAGGACAUCAAAGAUUUGUACAAAAAAAUUGGAAGUAAUAUCAAGGCAGUGAGGGACUGCUAUGAUUCGAAUAGUACAAAGGAGUACGAUGAUGAGGCACUCGCCUGGAUGAUGCUUCUGGAUGGGUGUUUUUUACUACAAUUCAUCCGCGAGACAGAUACAAGUAACGUUCUUAGAUAUCACCAAAGAUGUCUUGUGAAGCUGGACUUGUUGUUGCUGGAGAAUCAACUUCCCUUUGGAGUCCUCAAGUUGAUUUUUGAGGGGGUAAAAUUCAAUGAUGGUCCACCAAUGGAAGAGAUGAUAAAAAAAUUCGUCACUAACACCGGAAGGCCCACAGGAAUACAGCUGGAAGAGGAGAACGAAGAGCCCUCUCAUCUCCUCGACCUUUUGCGAAGUGCUCUCCUUGGCAGGUUUAAAAUGAUUAGGAGGAGUCAGCCCGAAAAAGAGCAGCAACCUGAGAAAAAGGGAAAGUCGUCGUCGCGUCAAGGAGGAGAUAGGGGGUCCUGUUGCCCAUGGAAGAAAGGCAUUUGGAAGUCUUUUCGAAACAUCAAGGAGCUUAAAGCUGCCGGGAUCCAUCUCCAACUGAAUCGAAUGGGUUCCUUGAGAGACAUUUCUUUCAAUUCCCACUUCUUCUAUGGCUGUCUGAAACUUCCCCCAAUAAUCAUUGAUGGCUUCACGAGCCCAAGUUCUUGA